AUGUCAAAGCUAGGUUAUCAAAUGAGUUUAAAUCCUUUGGAAGAUAAUAAAAGAAAAUGCAUGUUGCAUGGAUUAGCAGUAGAGUAUUAUUGUAAUGAGUUAAACUGUAAAGGAAAUACAAGAGAUUUAUGCAAAGAUUGUCUCACUUAAACAAUUCACGAAACACAUAGUCAUUUGACAGUAGGAGAAACUGUGCAAAGGCUAUUGAACUUUUAGAGAAAGAUUGAAAAUAGUGAUUUCAAUAAUUCAUCUAACUACAAGCAAAAAGGAUAUGAAAAAGACUAAAUAAAAUAAUUCUUUAAUGAAAUGAGAAAUAACAUUAUGGAAACUUUAAAUAAAAUAGAAAUGUAGUUCAUGCAUUCAAUUGAUACUAUGGAGGGAUUUGAUCAUUCAGAAAAAUACAACUUAAUGCAAGAGUUUUUGAAUUCUGUCAAAACUGGAAACUACAUCACUAAUUAAAACCCUGAAGUUGUUCAUCUAGGUUUGCAAGUCUUGCAUUACCAAUAAUCACCUAAAUAUUUCAUACAAUAAUACUACUCAGAAGGAAAGACAGGGACAGAAAGUUUAUUAAAUGGCAUCAGAUAGCACAUAGAAGCUCUUGAUAAUGAAUUAACUAAAUUUGCCAAUUUCAAAGCAAAUCCUAUUUUGAAAAAGAAUUUAACAAAACUAUCCAAAUUAGUUAAAGACCCAGAUGAGCCUUUCCUUCCAACAUUUAAAGAUAAAAUGAAAUUAUUUACAAGUGCACAAAGUCCAAUCUAUUCUGUAGAAGUGAUGAAUGAAGAUUGGCUAGUAGCUGGAGAACAUGAAAAAAAUGUGUUGAUUUGGGAUUUGAAAACUAAUAACUAGAUUUUCACAUUGUCUGGGCACUAGUCCUUCGUUUGGUGUGUCUGUCCUUUAAACAAAGACACUCUUGCUAGUGGCAGCGGUGAUAAAUCAAUUAGAAUUUGGUAGUUUGAUUAAUAAAGAAAAUUCGAUAGCUAUGAAGUGAAAAUAUUGAAUGGUCAUUCAGCAGCAGUUAGAUGUAUUAUAAAAUUAAAUGAUAUUACUAUAGCCAGUGCAGGAGAUGAUCACACUAUUAAAAUAUGGGAUUGGGCAUCUCAGACUCUCAUAAGAACACUCUCAGGGCACAGUGGUUCUGUGACAAGUCUCUGCAGACCAAGUUACGAAGAGAUUCUUUCUGGCAGUAAAGAUGGUUAUAUCAUGAUAUGGAAGUGGUAACAAAUAUCAGGACCUCGCCUUAGUUCAUAAUGCAUACUCUAAAUUAAAGCUCAUGAAGGUGGUGUUUAAACUGUUUGCUAGUUGUCUAAGACAGAAGUUGCUAGUGGUGGAUAAGACAAAACUAUAAAAAUUUGGAAUUGGGCAACUGGAACGUGUAUUAGAACUUUGUCUGGUCAUACUGGCAGUAUUUGGAAGAUAUUAAAGCUAUCAGGUGAAGAGAUAGUAAGCACUGCAAAUAAUAGCUCUAUAAAAUUCUGGAACUGGAAAACAGAAUCUCCAGCAAUUCGCUCUUUGGAUAGGGCUCAUUAAGGUGAUGUAUAUAGUGUGUGCAGAUUAAACUAAGAUACAAUAGUAACUGUCGGUGCUGACAAUAGAAUUAAAAUGUGGUCUUGA